AUGGAAGCGCAACAAACAGAGAUCCAGCCCAGCGACAUUGCUGGAAGCGUGGCGGCGCCGCUGUUACAUGAUGAAAUCUCAACACGGCAUUCAAAGUCCACCAAUCGAUUCUGGACUAUUGCGAACGUCCUGGCUUUGGUAUGCGUCCUCGCUUCGGUCGCCCUUCCCAUUAUCCUCUUCGCUCCCGUCUCAGGAAGAAUCAAAGCGCUCUAUGGUAUAUGCCGUCCUGAUGGCGCUUUCGAUUAUUUCUUAACCGACCCACAAUACUACUCGCGCGGCUUCAGAUAUUACUUCGUCAGUUUUAUCAACCUCUUUUCCCACACCAACAUGGUCGCUAUAACCAUUGUCUUCGGCAAAUACAGUUUCGCACAAGCAAAAUCGAUUGACUUGGCCUGGGACAUCGGGGUCGGGCGUAUUGGCCAGAUGGUUCUGGCCUACGUGUCUUACCUCGUCAUCACGCGGACCAUGCUACACGCCAUGGAAACCACCGCCAUUCCUUAUCACCUAUUCGUUGACCUAUCUUUUCUGGAUCCAUCGUCCAUGGCAACACUGUGGAGCAUCGUUACCGUCACACCGAAGUCUCAACUGUGGAAAGCUUGGAAAGGGCCUCUUCUUGUUGUCGCCUAUAUAAUAGCCUAUCUUACCGCAUUUCCAACAAUUGUAAGCGCCAUGACUGGUUACAUCACCACAUUUUCUGCUAGAGUCGAGUUUGGGGAUGCUUCCGUCGACUACGAGAGCGAUGAAAUACUCCCAGUGCAAUUAAAGAUUGGGAAUUGCAGUAUUUUCAACCAAAGCAAUGGCUGCAAUAUUUAUUAUCUGCCCGGAUCAACGCCGAAAAAUGGUUUCUGGGAAAUCAUCGAAACCGGGGAAACGUUUGACGAUACAAUUUUCUAUGAGCUAGAAUCUGCAUAUAACUGCCAACUCGACCCCAACUACUCCAGAUCCUGCGGAACGCUGAAUAUCAGUGAUAGCAUCCUCAAAAUCGACCCACUAGAUUCAUUGAACAUAACGUAUUUACCCGGCAUAUGGGCUUACAACGGAGAGAUGUACAACGGUGAGUAUAUCGAAAAGCAUGGUCAUUGUCAACCUGAGAAAGAGUACCAGUGGGGGUUUUCAUUUCAAUUGCUCUUUAUAUUUUCCAUUUUGAACCUGAUUUGGGCGGUUUCCUUGUGGUAUCUAUGGCUUAGCGCUAGGGGCGACUACAAUGUCCAGACCAGAUAUGGAAAGUACCGGGCGGCGGUUGAUUUGGUCGGCGUUGCAAAGGAAGCGCUUGGCAAUCGAGUGGAAGAGAUGUCGAACGCAGAGAUUGAGAAAGAGCUCAAAUGGAGAAGCACCGGCAUCGUCAGAUCUGACACUGGAACGCAACGGCUGAUUCACUGGGACUGGGCUCGUUUCUAUAGGAAAAGCAAAGAUCAGGUUGUGGCGGCGAGGGCUUUGGUCAACACGCCGAGGGCCUAG